AAGUUCCAUAAACGUGAAAUCUUAAAUAACAUGAUGUCUCUGAUCGAACCUCUCAAGGUGAAAGAGAAGUCAGUACUCAAGUUUCUUUCCAUUCAUUUUCUGAGCAGCCCUUUCUGGAAACCGAGUGUCUCUGGGGCCCCUUUGACACCUGGCAGGGAGGAAUCUGACAUGGCUUUAGCACUCAAAGCUUCUAAGAUGUCACACAGCAAUUCCUGAGCCAAACAUAGCCCCUCCCCGGGAACUACUGACGUAAAAGCCCACACACCAGUUACAUUUACUGAGACCAGCUCAUUCCAUUCUUAAUGUGACCUCCACUUUACAGAGGUACAUAGAGUGUUCAAUGGUAAAGAAGAGAUGGAACAAACAAUUUGUUAUUGGGGGAUUUAAAAUGUGUUGUUUUUGUCCGGCCUUGGUCUCAUCUGAAUAUUCUACUUGGUUUAUUGUUGGAUUAUUGAUGUCUUUUUGAAUACCCAGACUGAGCUAUCUUCAUCUACUGGAGGUGACUCUCUAUUAGGUUUUCUUUGGUUGUUUUUAGUUGAGAUUCUUAAUGCUACCAUGAGUUCUGCUGACUCUAGCACAGGUAUUGAACUGCUCCAGGUCAGGAUUGAGUCAUUGAGCAGCAAAAUGGACAGGCUCAUAAGUAUCCAGGAAAAAGUGCUUAGCCGACUCGAUGGCAUGUCUCAGGACAUUGAUGGAAUUGAGAAAGAUGUAGAAACUCUGAAAGUGGAAAAGGAGGAGAUCCAUUUUCCUCCAGUUAUCCAUACAAAACCAGCCAAUGAGAUGAAGGAAAUGUGCCAAGAAAUGAACAGCAUCAUGUUGGCAGUAAAUCAACGCUCAGAACAGCAAACCCAAAAGCUGGAAGGAAUGGAGAGACUGGUGAUGAGCAUUCAGCAGGUUGUCAGCUUUAUUGGAGAAACAGUGAAAACUUCAAAAAUCAUGGAUAUUAUGUUCAAAGGGCCAGCUUCUCGAAAAAGCAAAACAGCUUCAUCCCUCAAAUCCAAGGAUAGUAAAAUCAAACUGAUCACUAAAUACCAAUCCUCAAAUAACAGUGAGCCUGUCCUUACCAAGCAAAAAGACCACAAAGGUAAAGAUGGGAAGUUUCAUCUGAGCUUUAAAGGCCUCAAGGCACAGAAGAAGAAACCACCUGAUUCAACUGUUUUUACAGUCUCUUUGAGGAAACAGACACUCUUGCUUAAAGAGGUUCAGAAACUGAAUCAAGAGAAUGCAGAACGCUCUGAAGCAUCCCAAUAUCAGGAAAAUGGCAUGCACAAAUCAGAGGAUGGCUCGGUUACUCCCAUUCUGCAGGACAUUAUCCUGGAGGAAGCCAAUAUGCUUGAAUCUGGCCAAGAGAAGAACUCAAAAGAAGAGACGGAGGUCACUCUGGAGCUGAAGGAAGAUGAGAUGAAAGACACAGAGCCAAAGAUAGAGGAGAUCCAAGGUGAAACACAAAAAUUAGCGGAAGAAGAGACUAAGGAGAUGCCCCUAAAGGCCACUGAAAUACUCAAAGAUCAGGAGGAUGAAGGUACGGAGGACCAGACGACUACUGAGGGUCCUUCAGAAUCUGACAUUACUACAUCAACUGAGACCUCAGCACAAAGUGAGUCUGAGCAGGUGGAUGAGGUGACUACCAUCAGUAAACGACACGUAACAGAAGAAGAUCUGGGUUUGGAGGACCACAAGAAGUGCAGGGUUGAGGAGGGGCAAGACCAGGGCGAGCAGGAGCUACAGGAACCCAAAGAUCUCUGUGGUGUUUUCAAAGCUGAUGGUGUGGAAAUCAAGUUGGAUUUCAGCAAACUGAAGAGGGAGACCAAUGAGGAUGAAGACGAAGAUCACAAUGAUAACUUCUUCAUUGAUUGCACCCCACCUCCACCAGCACCCUUCAAACACCGUAUUGUGUCUGCCAAACCCAACCAGAUUAACAACUUCUACACUAUCAACCGACAGGAGGUUCUCGGAGGAGGUCGAUUCGGUCAGGUGCAUAGAUGCAUUGAAAAUUCUUCUGGACUUACUUUGGCUGCCAAGAUAAUCAAAGCUAGGAGUCAAAAAGAAAAGGAUGUGGUGAAGAAUGAGAUUCAGGUUAUGAACCAGCUCGACCACGCCAACUUGAUCCAGCUUUAUGCAGCCUAUGAGGCCAGGAAUGACAUUAUCCUUGUACUUGAAUAUGUUGAUGGAGGAGAACUCUUUGACAGAAUCAUUGACGAGAACUACAAGUUGACGGAGCUCGACACAGUGAUGUUCAUCAGGCAGAUCUGUGAAGGCUUGCGCUACAUGCACAAAAUGUACAUCCUCCAUCUAGACCUAAAGCCAGAGAACAUUCUUUGUGUCAGCAGAGUAACUAAUAAAAUCAAGAUCAUCGACUUUGGACUUGCAAGGAAGUAUCAGCCCAGGGAGAAGUUACGAGUGAAUUUCGGCACGCCGGAGUUUCUCUCGCCUGAGGUGGUCAACUAUGAUUUUGUGUCAUUCAACACAGACAUGUGGAGUCUGGGUGUUAUCACAUACAUGCUGCUCAGUGGUUUGUCCCCCUUCCUCGGGGAUGAUGAGAAUGAGACGCUAAAUAACAUUUUGUCCUGCCAGUGGAACUUUGAGGAGGAUGAAUUCUCAGAAGUCUCGAAUGAAGCAAAGGAUUUCAUUUCCAAACUGCUUGUUGUAGAUAAAAGUUGGAGGAUAGGAGCAACAGAAGCCUUGAGGCACCCCUGGCUGUCUGAUCCAGCCGUCCAUUUCCGCCUGCAUCAGAAGAAAAAUAUGUGCCGUUCGCGCAGAAACUCUUGUCUGCCUCCACCAGAAAAUUAAUAGGGACCAAGCCUGCUGUGGAACCAUGAGGAUUACUGGAUGUUAUAUUAUAUACAGAUGUAUUUCAUAACUUGUCAUUUGACUAUAUGUUUCCCAUUACCUUGUUGUUAGUUGAUGGAAAUUCUUAAACUAUGUGUCACAUGAAACUGAUGCUACCCCAGAAUUUGGAAGGUGGAAUUACCUUGUGGAAUUUUGCAGAUCUUAAUCAGGCUUCAUAAUCUUACUGCUUCCAGGUUCAUAUGCAGAUUUUAAAAUGACGUAGAAAGCAAAAUUUGCCCAUUCACUUGUUUUAAGGCACUGGGCAGUUCAGUUCCUUAUACUAUAUAUAUAUAUAUAUAGCAAAAAUGUGCAAAAAACAUACUUGAACCAUAAAGCAAUCUAAAUCAUAAAGGCCUGGUUUCACAGACAGGGCUUAGCCUAAGCCAGGAUUAGGCCUUAGUUCAAUUAGGAUUUUUAAGUAACGUUUAUAAAUGUACACUUGAAAAAAAUGCAUCUUGAGACAAAACAAUGGCACUGACAUAUUUUAAGAUAUGUCAGUACAAGUUGCUUUCAGUUAAAACAGCUUAAACAUGCAUUUUAGUCUAGGAUUAGCUUAAGCCUUUUCUGUGAAACUGGAGGAAAGUUUGAUAAAGGACAUAUAAAGACAACAUGGGCUUUUGACUAUUAUAAAUGUAACUUCAACAACACCCAAUUGUUUAUUAUGGUGUUCAUACCUUGUGAAUUUCAGCAGUUUACGUAAACAUUCUAUGACCAGCACACUUUACCUCCUCUCCCC